AUGUCAAUUGUAUCAUUAACAGGGAUUGAAGUGCUAAAUAAUCCGGCCAAGUUCAGUGACCCUUAUGAGUUUCAAAUCACUUUUGAAUGUCUUGAAUCGUUAAAGGAAGAUUUAGAAUGGAAAUUGACCUAUGUUGGAUCGUCGGACUCCUUAGAUCACGAUCAAGAAUUAGACUCAAUAUUGGUUGGUCCCGUGCCUGUUGGUGUAAACUCCUUUUUAUUCAAGGCCGAUGCUCCAAGUCCCGAGUUGAUCCCAGCAAGUGAACUAGUUAGCGUUACUGUUAUAAUAUUGAGUUGCUCGUAUAGUGACCGAGAGUUUGUUCGAGUUGGAUACUAUGUCAAUAAUGAGUAUGAUACUGAGGAAUUGAGGGAAAACCCACCGGCAAAAGUACAAGUUGAUCAUGUGGUGAGAAAUAUACUAGCUGAAAAACCAAGAGUGACGAGGUUUAAUAUUGUAUGGGAUAAUGAGAGUAAUGCCGAUGAGUAUCCGCCAGAACAGCCAGAUGAUAUAGAAGAAGACGACGAGGAAGAGGAAGAGGAGGACGAAGAAGAAGAGGAGGAGGAGGAAGAAGAAGAAGAAGAAGAGGAGGAGGGCUUGGAGGAGGAUGGUGCAGAGGAGGUGGAAGUGGAAGAUGAGGACUUGGAGGAGGAGGAUGUGGAAGGAGAAGCGGAAGAAGAGGGGGAAGAGGAUGUCGAGGGAGAAGAGGAUGUGGAAGUGGAAGUGGAAGAGGACGUGGAAGUGGAAGAGGAUGUGGAAGUGGAAGAGGAUGUGGAAGUGGGAGUGGAAGUGGAUAAGGAUAUGGAAGGUGAUGAUGCUGAUGAAAUAACUACUUUGAAUGAUAAAGAUGGCGUCGUAGAAGAGGAUACCGAUACCCAAGUACCCAAAGAGAAUGGAGAAAGCAUAGCUGAGAAUAAAGAGAAAAGCAAGUAA